GGCUGCGAGGAGCGGCCAGCGGCGGCGGCGGCGGCGGCCGGUGGCGGCCAUGGCGGCGGCGGCGGCCGAUGGCGACGACGCCCGCUGCGUGCGGCUGAGCGCCGAGCGGGCCCAGGCGCUGCUGGCCAACGUGGACACGCUGCUGUUUGACUGCGACGGGGUGCUGUGGCGCGGAGAGACGGCCGUGCCCGGCGCACCUGAGGCCCUGCGGGCGCUGCGCGCCCACGGCAAGCGCCUGGGCUUCAUAACCAACAACAGCAGCAAGACCCGCGCGGCCUACGCCGAGAAGCUGCGGCGCCUGGGCUUUGGCGGCCCGGCGGGGCCCGGCGCCGGCCUGGAGGUCUUCGGCACCGCCUACUGCACCGCGCUCUACCUGCGCCAGCGCCUGGCUGGCGCGCCCGCGCCCAAGGCCUACGUGCUGGGCAGCCAGGCACUGGCCGCGGAGCUGGAGGCCGUGGGCGUCGCCUGCGUGGGCGUGGGGCCCGAGCCGCUGCAGGGCGAGGGUCCCGGCGACUGGCUGCACGCGCCGCUGGAGCCCGACGUACGCGCUGUGGUCGUGGGCUUUGACCCGCACUUCAGCUACAUGAAGCUCACCAAAGCCCUGCGCUACUUGCAGCAGCCCGGCUGCCUGCUCGUGGGCACCAACAUGGACAACCGGCUACCGCUGGAGAACGGCCGCUUCAUCGCGGGUACCGGCUGUCUGGUCCGAGCCGUGGAGAUGGCCGCCCAGCGCCAGGCCGACAUCAUCGGGAAGCCCAGCCGCUUCAUCUUCGACUGCGUGUCCCAGGAAUACGGCAUCAACCCCGAGCGCACCGUCAUGGUGGGAGACCGCCUGGACACAGACAUCCUCCUGGGCGUCACUUGUGGCCUCAAGACCAUUCUGACCCUCACCGGAGUCUCCACUCUAGGGGAUGUGAAGAGUAAUCAGGAAAGUGACUGCGUGUCUAAGAAGAAAAUGGUCCCUGACUUCUAUGUUGACAGCAUAGCCGACCUUUUGCCCGCCCUUCAAGGUUAAAGAUUGAGUGUCUUUAAUCUCCAGAAUAAAAAAAAAAAUUGAAAAUUAGUUACCCAAAUUAAUAGGUGGGGCUUAAGCAUCUUCUCGGCCAGGUGGCUUCAAAGAGUGUAAUUGGAGUUAAGCAAAGGCAUUCAUUGUUAACCUUGUAAGUAAACGUUUGGGGGACGAUUUUGUUUACAGAUGUUUGUAAUGGAAUUGCACUUUUAGGCUUGGAAGGCAUUGUGGGGUGGGUUCUGGGCCUUGGGCGGGGUUGGCAGGGGCAGGCUCAGCACCUGUCUGGGAUUCAGGUAUCGGGGCCUGAGGCGGUUCUCUGGGUGUGUUCUAUACUUUAUUGAAAAACUCAUUCAGGGAUCCAGUCCCUUGGGGGCGGAAGGACUGAUUAUUCUGCUGGGAGAGGCUUUUGUGGACCAAGACCCAAUCAGUGUGACUGACAGUCCAGCGGAGCCUUCUGUGUCCCUCUGCCUCCCAGCAGGUUGGGGAUGGAGGAGGGAGCUGCUCCCAGGUGCCAUCUCCUUGCCCUUGGGUGCAAAGUGCUGCCCUCACCACCCUUCCGCCUCCUCUGCUUCCUUGAAAACCACUCUGAUGUCACAAUUGAGUGUCUGUUCCGUUUCAGAUACCCAGGGCUGCUGCUCCUCACACACAGCUGCCCAGUUCUGUAAAUGCAGCCCAGCUAAACCUCAGCUGUCUCGAGUGUGCGUUUAAACCCAGGUGACUUGGACUGAGCACCCGCAAGGCCGGGGACGCCUUCGCUCAACUCGGAGGCUGCAGUGCAGGGAGCUCAGAGCAGUGCUGCUACCAAACAGUUAACUUUGAACAACUGUCAGGCAAUGGAUUUGAAUGUUAAGUGUGUUAAUAGCUGUGCUCUGUCUCGUAGGGAAAAUACCACUGAAGAAACCUUUAUGUCCUGCAGCCGACAGUGCGGCUAAAGCAUGUUGGCCAAGGAAUGCCUGUCAUCCAGGGCUCUGGGACGGGGAGGAGAGUUGUGUCCCCAAGAACAGGAAGUCCUUUACAAAGCAUCCAGCCUCUUCCUGUCCUUCCGUUCCCUAGGUUGGAGUAGGCGUUGGAGGCUGGUGGCCCAGGAGGUCACCUGCCUUGCCCUGGAUUCCCUUGUCAGUGGCCAGCAGGAGGACUUGGCAGGGCCACCAGCUCGCCAAGGUUCUGAGUGGGGCUCUGGCCUCUCCUGCCUGCCUUGUGGCUCUGCUGACCUUUCACAGGCCUGACAGCAGACUCAGCAGGGCCAGCCCAGGACACUGCACCUUCUGGCUGGCUCCCUAUCGGCGCCUUGCCCUGCACCUGGCGGCUUCUCUCCUGGCCGCACAGCAUUCCACUUGGUCAUGAAGACUUCUCAGAGCAAUAAGGGGCAUUCUGAGCCUUCAGCACCUCCCAGACCAGGGAUGUCAGGUUCAGAGGGUGCUGCAGGGCAGCAUGAGGGUGGCUGUGCCCACAAAGUUGAUGGCACUGAUGCUCGCUUGGUGAGGUCAGUUCCAGCUGGGUCUGGCCUGGCAGGACGCAGUCAUGCUAGAAGCACGCGGCAGAUGCAGCUGGGGGAUGCCUUCCUCUUGCCGUGUGGGGGCUGGGAGUCCCUGUGCACCCUGUCUCCAGCCCCCGAGGGGCUGUGGCACUGUGUGCCCCGGAGCGCAGAUUAAACUCUCAAACCCACACUG